AAAUAAAAUUGUUGGUAUUAAUCCAAAAUGUGAUCGUUUUUAUUAUUAUUAUUAUGAUUUGUAGUUAUUGGUGUUUUCAUAACAAAAUUUUUUUAUUGAAGUCGGAAUAAGUCUAUUUGGCUUAGAUAGAAUUACAAACGUUCAAAUCCUAAAGACGCCGUUAGAUCGCUAGGUACACUCCAAAUGCUUUUUCACUUUUCCCUAAUACCUACACGACAUGGUUUUAAAAAAAAAUCGAGGAUUAUUUUCUAGAUAGUAACAUGUUUUCAUUUUUCAGUUAUUGUUAAAUAUUAAUUGACGCAUAUUUGUGAAGAUAAGAGAUAAAAUGAUAAGAAUAUGAUAAGAGCAUAAAGCGGCUAUCUUUCAGCUAUUCGGCGUUUUCUCUCCCUAGACACUUGUGUGCAUCUUCAUAGUAAAAUUACCAAAUUAGUACUAAGUAUUAUUACCUAGAUAAUAAUUUAAUAUUUGUAUUAAUUAAUUUAAAAUGGAUCAUUCACAAAACCUUGAUAAGUUCAAUCUCAAACAAAUUUUAAUGAACGAUACACAACGCAAAAUAAUUGCUGUCGAAGGCAAUUUCAAUGGAUCCCAGGAACCAGCAGUAAUUGUUAUGGAAAAGUAUGCUUUUGAUGAAGCUUUUGUAUUAAAUAUCUGUAAUGUGAAUACAAAGCUAACAAAAAAUAUAGAAAAUGAUGUUUACAAAUCAUUUAGUUGUGUACCACCGUACAACGGUAAAAUUGAAUGAACUCUAAAAUUUUCAAUUUAAAAUUGCAUAAAUUAAUUUUUUUCUCGUAGACAAAAUAUCAUCAAAUAAAAUAGAUAUAAUAUAUCCAGCAACAGCCAAACAUAUUUUAAAAUUUACAAGCCAACCCAUAUACUUGGUUCAAGAAACUGAAGAAAUUUAUCAAACUAUUACACUACCUCAUAUCUUAGAAAAUAGUUUUUCUUUACAAGUAUAUGUUCUUUGAUUAAGAAUAAUAUACCUAAGUAUUUAUUAAUUAAUAAACAUUUUUUUUUUUCAGUGGGUAUACAAUUGUUUGGAAUAUAAAUCUGAAAAAGAAAGCAUAAAAUAUGAUACAGCUUCUGAAAAUGCUAAAGAUGAUGAAAAUAUUGGAUUUUUACUUUUGCCAGAUUUGAAGUGGUCUGGUAAAAUUGACGAGUUAUAUUUGUUAGCAGUUGUUAAAAAAAGAAAUAUAAAAUCAUUAAGAGAUUUAACAGCCAAUCACCUACCUUUAUUAAAAAAUAUUUUAAAUAAAGGAUCAGUAUGUAUUUAAAAUUUAAUUUAUACUAAUAAACAAUAACCUUAAAAACAAAUUUUCAGGCUGCUAUUUAUAAAUUAUUUGGAAUUCACUUGUCUCAACUGCGCAUUUUUGUUCAUUAUCAACCAUCAUUCUAUCAUUUCCAUGUUCACUUUACAUAUUUGAUGCAUUCACCUCCAGGUUAGUUAUUUUAGAUUCUGAUUUUAUAUUGAAACUUUAAUUAGGUAAGGCUGAUUCAGAAAGAAAUGCCUGAUAGCGAUUAUAGUUUAGAGAAAUUUUGUUUUGAUAAAGUCGAUACUUCUGCAUUGAAGAAAUAAAGUCUCAUUAACAGUGUAACCCGUUAGCAUCUAACUUUUAAAACAGUGGUAUUUUAAAAUGGAGGAUGCCACCACAAAAUUGUCUGUCUUGAAAUCAGAAAGGAAUUUUUCUUAUAUAUUUCUUGAUGCCAAAUUAGAACUGUAACGUCGAAACGUGUUAAGCAGAUUAGUUGUGAGUCGGACAAUAUGGAGAUGAUUAUUUCUAUGCAAUAGACAAAUACUUGCUGUCAACAUUACUUCUGUUUUGUUCUAUAUUGCUCACUUUAAUUUGUUAAUAGAGUAUUACAGUAUUGUGUUCUUUUAAUAAUCUCUCCUUAUUCUAGAAAUCAAUAAAAAAAUCCCUUCUGAUCUCAAAAUGGAGGCCAACUUUUUAAAUUUUGAAAGUUUGUUAUUGAAAUAGUGAUGAAAGCAGCCUCUUUUUCAAAAUAUCAAUACUUGAUUAGUUUUAAAAUUACUGAAGAAUGGCACUAAUCUCUUUGUGAAAUUUUUUUCUUCAAUACAAAACUAUCAAUUUUAUGCUACAAUUCCUCUCUGACCUACCUAUAAUUGUAAAUAGAUUUUACUUAUAAAAUUACCCAUAAAAUGUACCUUUAAUAUGUUAAUCAGGAUGGUUCUUAUUUGGGUGAUGGUGGAAUUUUUUUAUUUUUCUAACUUUGUUCUAUAAAAAAAAAAAAUGUUAAGCUUUAUUUGAACUUCAUAAGACAAUUCUUUCGUUCUCCUGUAACAAAGUAAAGUUUACCAUUUAAAAUACAUUCGUUUUCUUGUUUAUUCUGAAUUUUGUUUAUAUAAGGUAUUAAAAAUUGACAUAAAUAUUUUUUCAAGAAUUAUAUGCCACUAUAAUAUAAACAUAUAAUUCUUGAAAAAAAUUCUUGAGAACAAGUUAAGGGUGCGUGCAAAAAGAAAUUCCACCAUAAUCCAAAUAAGAAUCACCCUAAUGUGUAUACAUAUAUAUUUUUUUUUUUUUAGGAAUAAAUGUAGAAAAAGCUCAUUUACUUACAACAAUUAUCAACAAUAUUGAAAUGCAAAGCAAUUACUAUCAAAAGGCAUCUUUAAGUUAUGUCAUUAAAGAAAGUGAUCCUCUGUUUAGUAUUUUUGAAGAAAAAGGUAAUGUAUAUUAAUAACUGGCUUUCAAUUAUUUUCUUAUUUAUUGUUUCUAUAAAAUAUUAUUUUAAAAUACAUAGGAAUUAUUUUUUAUACCUUAUUAAUUUCAUCAGAAUGAAAAUCAUAUUGCUAAUUUAUAUGUAAAACAUGCUAUUUUUUUUUUUUUACGUGUAGAUAUCCUUCACAAAGCCAAAGUGUUUGAUGAAAAAAAAAAUGUAUAAAGCAAACAGACUGAAAGUAUUAUAUAAUGUUGUUAUAUACUAAAGUAAUCUAUUUUAUCCUAUAUUAUAAUAUAACUAU